AGAAAAGCAAUGGAGAAAAACAAACACAACAUUGUUGAAAAACUUCAAAAGGAGACGACUUUGAGGUCUACUAUUGUGAAAGUUGCUGUUGAAGUGGGAUUAUACGUCAUUCUGGGGACCUUUGAUGUUCUACUGGCCUACAAUAAGAUAAACUUUUUUCGGCCUUUUCGACGAGGCUUCUUUUGCAGCGACCAAAGUCUGAUGUUUCCAUAUAAGGAAUUAUCCGUAAAAGAAAGUCACGUGAUACUAAUUGCGCUUUUGCCCUCAACUUUAAUUAUCUUUGCAACCGAGAUUUUUAGAAAUGGUCGAAGAUUGAAGAAAUAUUGUUACCUUCAGUUGUAUUAUAGGAUAAUUGGCUCCAUGUUGUUUGGAUUUUCUUUGUGCAUUCUCUUUGUCGAAUUGACUAAAUCUAGUGUGGGGAGUCUUCGUCCAUAUUUCUUUGCUGUAUGUCGACCAAACAUGACCCUGACAAACUGCACAGAUGUUUACAUCACUGAUUACGUUUGUAGAGGAACAGAUAGCGCUCUCAUCUUUGAUGCAAGAAAAUCUUUUCCCUCUGGCCAUGCUGCCAGUGUCUGGUAUGCAGCGACUUUCCUUGUGAUCUACAUACAUUUACGCAUUUAUCGUCGAUGGAAGAGAUCACGUGCAUUCUGUCCAAUAAUACAGACGUUGGUGGCGGCUUCUGCUUUGUAUGUUGGUGUGAGCCGUAUCCAGGACAACGCUCAUCGUCCAAUAGACAUCCUUGCUGGGGCAACAGUGGGAAUCAUUUUUGCUAUAAUAACGAUUUACUUAUCCUCUGUGUUCACAGAAAAAGGAACGAAAACUUACUGCACUGCAGUGAACAGCGAGGAGGAGAGGCAGUUCACUAUGGAGAAUGAGACAUAACCCUUACACUCUGACAUUGAACUACUUUGGAGAACGAUGCAUAACUCUUGCACUCUUAUACGUCGAGCAGGGCUAGCACAGUGAAAAAUAUCUCGCGAGCACUGAGGAGGCUUCGCUAUCUUUACAGAGAUUCCAGACCAUACGAUGUCUUCGAGUUCCUGAUGGUUUCAUAUUUUGGACGGUCAAAAUAGUAAUGACAGACGCCCUGAAAUUCAUUUAAAGAAGAUGGGCGAACAAGACGAGCUAAAUGCCUAUUGUGCGACUUAAGGGAAUACUGUAUUUUGGAGUAGCAUUUUGAGAGUAUUUAACAGAAACUUCUAUUUUUAGUAACCAAGGCAAUAAUGUUCAUCAAAGUCAAAAUGCUACUCCUCCUAUAGUUUUGGUCUGAUUUCAAUAUAACUUGGCAAACAAGAAGACUACAAUAAGGUACAUAAUUCUGUUUAUCAGUUUUGGAUUUCAAUGAACGGUGUUGCCGUGGUUACUAAAAAUAGAAAUUUCUGUGAAAUUCUUUCGAAAUGCUACUCCUCCUACAGUUUUGGUCUGAUUUCAAUAUAACUUGGCACACAAGUAGACUACACUAAGAUACACAAUUCUAUAUAUCGGUUUUUGACUUUGAUGAACAUUAUUGCCUUGGUUACUAAAAAUAGAAGUUUCUGUUAAAUACUCUCAAAAUGCUACUCCAAAAUACAGUUUUAGUCUUGAUUAUAAUAUAAUGUGGCAUACAAGCAGACUACACUAAGAACAUGAAGAGACUUAAUCAAGGAUCAUUAUUCUAUUCAUUGCUUUUGUUAAGUUUCAAUUCCCAACUGCUUAAGUGCUUUUCUUUUCCUUUGCUAUAAGUAC